CAGCAAAUGGCAUUCGAAUUGAAUACAAUCCAGAAUGAGUUUGGGGAAGAUGAAGAAUGUCCGGCGGUAAAAUACACCCUUCAAAGGCUCAUCACCGGCCUUUCUAACUCCCCAGAGGAAGUAUACGAUCGUCUAUUGGGCCGCUUGAUGGCCUACAAAGCUUUAGCCCUCAUAGGAAGACUUAUUAGGGAGUAUGACCUAAAAGAAUUCAUAUCGGCAGUAAUAUCCAUUGCAUAUAGAGACAGAAAUUUGCAACUUCCUGCCGCUUAUGUAAUAUUGACUUUAGUGGAUGAGUUGCCCCUCGAGGCUGUCACCAAACAUAUUAUAGGAGCUCCUGAGCUACAGGAGUGGUUUGACACGGCCAUGGAGGUAUUUAAUUAUUUUAAUGGUGAUCAAGAAUAUGAACUCAUCCAAGCAUUGUGGCUUCUUAAGAAGAGACAGCUAGAUAUGGCUGAGGAUGAUGAUACUGAGAGUGAUAGCCAAACAGAGAGUGAUAAUAGCCCGAGUGCAGAUGAAGACGAAGAUGAUAAUGGUGAUGAUUUGGAGAUUGGCCAAAUACUGGAAGAAAACAACAAAAAUCCUACCCAGCUUCUGGACAAACUAAAAAUUCUUACUCUAUUAAGAAUUUUCACUCACAUGGAUCCAGAUAGGUCUCGUUUUCGUAGGAGGUACCUAAAGUUGGCUCAAGGAUUAGUUAAUCUUCACACGGGAAAAGUGAGUGAGCAGCCUGGACAACAAAUAUGGGAAAAAAUGCAAAAACGCAUAUUUAGAAUAACGGAUCAUCCAGGUGAUGCUGCCACUUUACAUACUCUAGAGUAUCUUUUAAAAAAAAGUGUGAACCUCGCUUCAGAACCUUUCAAAAUGAAGAAUCGACCUAAUGGAUUUUGGAGAUUAUUGUUUCAAAAUCGACCUUUCGGAAUUUUUGGAUACUUGAAGCAGUCCGCUGCCUGGAACAGAGACGAAAUGGUUUCGUCUCUCGCCCGAACCAUGACUUUUUGGCUUUUAGAAAUUAUAGAGUCAAGAAAUUUUCGUAAGGAAGAGGUGCAAAAUAUUUUUGAAAUUUUCUUCGACGUAGUAGAGGAGUAUUUUAACAAUGAGAAAUCUCAAAUCGAAGCUGGGUUCUUAAAAGAUAUAUUUCGAAGAGCACCAUGGAUUGGAUGUGAAAUAGGUAACUAUCUUUUAGAUAUAUGUGAACAUGAGAUGCCAUGUUUUCUACAACUGGAGGCUGUUGAUAUGCUUGAGAUAAUAAUGAAGCCCUUUUUCUCAUACUACGGCAACUAUCAUCCAUGGGCAAUCCGUACGAGAAACAAUUUGGAUGAACUUCGUAGCGAUGUGCAGGGUAAUGAACAGGAAAACUCAACAAUGUUAAAAAAGUUGUGUCAGGGUUUUCAAGAUUCUGUCAAAGCUUAAACAAAGCUUAUUUUAAAGCUUUGGCAGAAAUAUGUCAUUUUUUUUAAUUGUUGGUCUUUUGGGACAUGCUAUGGAUUUUGUAAACUUAGGGAUUAUCUUGUCAAAGAGUUAUCGUUUCAGACAUUAGUGUUUUUUUCUUCGGAAAAGUAUUUUCAAAUGCAAACCAAAGGCUAUAUAGAGAACAAGUGAAUACCACUUGACGAUGAUGAAUCACUGCUUGAACUGCUACUUGCAUGCCCUCCACCAAAGAAUGUCCUCAACUCAG